ACGUCGACAGAGAAAAUCUCGCGUGGCUGGCAGCGUGCUCUUUCUCUCCACCUCCACCAACAACACAUACGAAACUUACCAGCACCUCUUUCUUCCUUCGCCCCCACCUCCUCCUUUCUCUCUCUCUUUCUCUCUGUGAGUGAGCGAGAGAUCUCCCGAAACCUGAGCGAGGCGGUCCCGGAGACACCAGAGAGGCGAUAUCCUCGUAAAGCGCAACAUGGCUACAAUUGUAACCUCCACCAGGUUUACAGACGAAUAUCAGCUGUACGAAGAACUCGGAAAGGGUGCCUUUUCUGUUGUUCGGCGAUGUGUAAAGAAAUCAACUGGCCAGGAAUAUGCUGCUAAGAUCAUCAACACAAAAAAGCUUUCAGCAAGAGAUCAUCAGAAGCUAGAAAGAGAGGCCCGCAUCUGCCGUCUGCUCAAACAUCCCAACAUAGUGCGUCUCCAUGACAGUAUCUCAGAAGAAGGCUUUCAUUACCUGGUCUUUGACCUUGUGACUGGUGGAGAACUGUUUGAAGACAUUGUCGCAAGAGAAUUUUACAGCGAAGCAGAUGCAAGUCAUUGCAUCAAUCAGAUCCUGGAAAGCGUCAGCCACAUCCACCAGCAUGACAUUGUGCACAGGGACCUCAAGCCAGAGAAUCUGCUGUUAGCCAGUAAGAUGAAGGGGGCAGCAGUGAAGUUGGCUGAUUUUGGCCUUGCCAUCGAGGUGCAGGGAGAUCAGCAAGCCUGGUUCGGUUUUGCAGGCACCCCUGGAUACCUCUCCCCUGAAGUCCUAAGAAAGGAUCCCUAUGGCAAACCAGUGGAUAUCUGGGCUUGUGGUGUGAUCUUGUAUAUCCUGCUGGUGGGUUACCCUCCCUUCUGGGAUGAGGAUCAGCACAAACUGUAUCAACAGAUCAAGGCUGGAGCCUAUGACUUUCCCUCUCCAGAGUGGGACACUGUUACUGCAGAGGCCAAAAACCUCAUCAACCAGAUGUUGACCAUCAACCCAGCGAAGAGGAUCACGGCUGACCAAGCACUCAAACAUCCUUGGGUCUGUCAACGCUCCACUGUUGCCUCCAUGAUUCAUCGUCAAGAAACCGUUGAGUGUCUGCGCAAGUUCAAUGCCCGCAGAAAACUAAAGGGGGCCAUUUUGACCACCAUGCUGGUGUCCAGGAACUUCUCAGUAAUGGGUCGGCAGCACACCAGUCCCGCCGCCCCCACCACCAGCACAGCUGCACUGGCACAGGAAGCAUGUAAAAGUUUACUGAACAAGAAGUCUGAUGGUGUGAAGCCACAGACAAACAACAGCAAAAACAGUGUAGUAAGCAGCAGCACCAAAGACAGCAGCAUAUCAUCCACUGCACCAAUGGAACCACAGACCACUGUCGUGCACAAUCCAGCUGAUGGCAUCAAGGGGUCUACAGAGAGCUGUAACACCACAGAAGAGGAGGACAUGAAAGGUAGGAAAGUAUCGGUGGGUGGGGCUAGCAAUGAGACUGACAGUGCAGUGGUGAGCCAGUGCAGUGCCUCCGAGGAGCCAGCUCCUCAGCCCGAGGCCUCUCCCCCCUGCCCAGCGCCCACCGAUCCACCACAUGAUCUUAAGAAUGUUGCUUGGAGCAGUUCAGGUCAGAGCUCCUGUCCUGAUUUAGAGCCUGCUGUACCUGCUUCAGCCUCCACAACACCAGGGGGCAGCAGCGUGCACAGGCAGCAGUCACGAAAGCAGGAGAUCAUUAAAAUCACAGAGCAGCUGAUUGAGGCUAUCAACAACGGAGAUUUUGAAGCUUACACGAGGAUCUGUGAUCCUGGUAUGACCUCUUUUGAGCCCGAGGCACUUGGAAACCUGGUUGAGGGAAUGGACUUCCAUAAGUUCUACUUUGAGAAUUUGCUGAGUAAGAACAGUAAGCCUGUGCAUACAACCAUCCUGAACCCUCAUGUGCACCUGAUUGGAGAGGAUGCCGCUUGCAUUGCUUAUAUCCGACUGACACAGUACAUGGACAGCCAGGGCCGGCCACGCAGCAGCCAGUCAGAGGAGACGCGUGUGUGGCACCGCCGAGAUGCAAAGUGGCUCAACAUCCACUUCCACUGCUCUGGAGCGCCUGCCGCACCUCUACAGUGAAUCACAGAGGGCAAAGCAUGCCUGAAUACUAAAGCUGAUUGGAGCAUUUCUUCUCCGUGCACGUCUUGCCGCCUGGAGCCCGGCCAGAAGAGAACCUCUUGAAGUUUUGAAAACGUGAGGGAAAAAAAUUUACACAACAAAGAAAUAUAUUUAAAAGUGGCAACCACUUCAGUCCAACUCUAACUGGAUGUGGGGCGGGCGGCCACGGCAGCAGCCCUGCCUUCUGGAUGCUGCAUGCUUCUUAUGCCCACACGGGGUGCUGUAUUGUCUUUACCCAUAAUCCCAUAAUGUCUGCUGCCCAACAUUUGGAAAUGGUGUUUUAAAGCAUUAGUAAUAUAUUGUAAAAUACUGAGAUCUUCACUUGUGUAAUUAACAGCCAGUAGAGAUGGAAGUUAGAAUCAGAUAUGUAAGCACACGCCAUUUAAAGGGUAAAUUAUGUGAGUUUAUUACAUUUUGGAAAACUAGGGAUGCACAAUAUUGAAUUUUGCCGAUAUCCGAUAUGCCGAUAUUUUUCAUUUUGGCCGAUACCUAUACUGAUUUAUAAUUCUUUUAAAUUUUGGUUAGAUUUUAACAAGAACUUAUUUGUUAGAAUUAAAUAAACAAAAAUAAAGUUAUUUUAUAAUGACAGUACAUUGAAGAUUUGAAAAUAACUAUAAGUAAACUAUAUAUCAAUCACUGGAAUUUUAUUUCUUUUUCAGAAAGAUGCAGUGGUAACCUUAACAUUUUAUUUUAAGAUUUAACAUUUGUAGAUGUUCUAAAGCAAAAGUAAGGAAAAUCUUUUAGAGCACAUUAUUUGUUUAAAAAAAAUCUAUCAUAUUACACAUUAAUGAAGAAAUCAGUAAAUACAAAAUUGUCAUGUUUGUGAUUUUUUUUUUUUUUUUUUUUUUUUUUAUGUAAGCAAUAGCUUCUGACCUUUAAAUCAAAACAUACUUAUGAUUUCAUGGCAUCAAUUACUGCAUUAUUUAGAAACAGUCUAAAUAUUAUUUGUGUAUUUUGCUUUAAUUUUAUUAGAAGUAGGCCAACAGCGCCCCCUACAGAAUUAAAAGUCCUUACCAUACGGGCAUUAGGACCUGUCGCUGCUGCUGCUGCAGGUGCUAUUGCUGUUUACGCUAUCAUAUACCUUAUACCAAAACAGUGAAUCUAAUCAUCAUUCAGGCAAAACUUUGCUUUAAGAAUGAGCCACACUGCUGACGUGAUCUAAUCACUAGCACACCCUGAGCACAUGUGAGUUCAUGUAUUCCUCUUAUCAGCAAGACAUAUCGGCAUAAUUUUUCAUAUUGGGCUGAUGCCAAUAUUUACAUUUAAAUCCAUCUUUGGCCAAUUCCGAUUUUGGUCCGAUAAUAUCGUGCAUCCCUAAAGAAUUUUUGUUUUUGUUUUUCUUUUUUACGCAAAGAAUGUGAUGGCAUGGCAUAGCGGAGGGAACCAAAAAAUGUAUGAGACGUUGAAGCACCAAAGUGUAGACUCUAGACUUUGAGAAGAGGAUGUUUUAAUAUUGCUUUUAUUUUCUUUAAAAAUUGAGGAAUGGGGUUGGGGAAGAUUUUUUUUUUUUUUCUUCUGGCUUUCUGUCGUGUUUUGGUGGAUCUCUCGGUUUUUAUCUUCUGAAUGAUGCUGUAUUUGAAAGUAUUUUGUGUUUUCAAGACAAUUGUUUUAAAACAGGACACAAUUUAAUAUAGUUGUGCAUAAAUAGAUAUUUAUAAAAGAUAAAGGACAAAACAGUGUGUGGUGUCCUGGGGGUGGGGGGGGGGGGGUGUUUAAGUGUGGUUGUGUAUGUAAAUGUUUUUUCUUGGGUUCAAAAUGCUUGUUGCUAUGUAGUGUUUUUGCGUAAAACUUCUUUACACACACUUCCACAUGAGGCCUGAACUCAAGUUAGGUUGGUUUACUUGCCUUCCUGUGUGUUUGCACCAAUAACCUCUCGGCUCUCUGAACCUGAAGUUGCAGAACUCUCACUUUCUUUGAUUCGAGUUUGUUGUAUGUCUCUUGGUCCCCAGGGGGCGCUAAACACUACACACAACAUGUUCAUAGCCCUUGCUCUCCCUCACAGAGUUAUUACUCUGUUCACCUUUUAGGCUUCCAGCAGCUGUGCAUAUCAUUUUUUAGACUAUAAGCAUGUCAAAAAAAUUAAAUGGCCUGUACUGUUUUGCACAUAAGCUUGAGACUCUAUGCUGUUCUGUUCACUUUUUGUGGACCGCUUUGCAACUUCAGGUUAUGAAAUCCAUCCUUAGGGGUCUGUGCUCUAGAAGGAGACCCGAACUGUCACAUUAUCUCUCCAUGAGUGUUUGUAUACUUGUUCUGAUCCUGUUUACGUUGUCUCAUCAUCAUACAUUGUGACUUUAAAAGACUUGUUUGUGGUUUUGUAAGAUCACCUGACCAUCUAUAGGCAUGGAUUUGAAUGAAAAUGACUUGAUGAAUGCAGUUCCAUGGUGUUUUGGGGUCCAUUCUAUGGUAGCAUCUGUUCUGGGUAUGUUGAUCUUGUUUUAUUAGAUUUUGUCCAGUAUAACCUGUAAAUACUAAUGCAGAUCAUUAAUGAGGAAUGAACUGAAUGCUUAGCCAUUCGUCUUCAUCCAGAUACUCAUACACUCACAGACUUUCAGUACACACAACUCACUUAGUUAAAAAAAAAUGUUGUUUUGGGUGUGUGGGAACAUGUACACAUUGUGCUCCCUUUAAAGCUUAUCUGUGUGACUGUCAUACAUCUGAACACUUGUGUUAUUGUGUAGAUUCCUGUGUGUGAAUUGUGGAGGUUUAAUGUUCCCACUUUUACUCUGUGCUAAGCCAUUUCUUGUGAUAUUUUACCUUUUUAAAGUUGGGCAAACAUUGAACCCAACUCUAUAUAUUCAAAAAAAAAAGGGAGGAAAGAGAGUACUCCUACCCUAAGGCAUCUUGUUAGUGAGUUCACUUGUCCACAGAUGAAACCGUCUGGCACUGUGAUGUCUGCCAUACUUUCAUACUGUGCUCUGUUGCCCCUGCUGCAGUGUGUUCAGUCCUAGUUUCUGGCCGCUUCUGUCACUCAUAGUGCGUCCUGUCAGAUAUGAGUGUCCUUGUUUAAAAAAAGUGCAGCUUAGUCAGUCACACAUACAUAAACAAAAAAUAAAUAAUGUAAAUGAUUAAGAGUUGUUUCCAGAUGCAGGAGUUCAUUAGUUCUUGUAUUUCUUAUGACUGUUAGAUGGACACAAACGCCUUUGUAUGCGAAGUGAAUAAUUCCUGAACUAAAUAACUUCCACAGCCAAACCAUAUUAUGCAGUUCAGGAGGAGGAAGAUAUGCAUGUGUAACUUUCUGGUAAUAAUUUUCACUGUCUGUGUUGAUUAGAAUUCUGUAUUAUAUUACCUGCAUCUUCAAGGUAAAUGAAGUGUGUCUCUGAGAUAUGGUUUCCAAUGUUAAAAUCAAAAGCUAAUUUUGUAAAGAAAUGGACUAAAAGAGAUUAACAAAGCUUUAGCUUGAUCUGUUUCUCCAUUCUUGUUGGUUUUUUGCAUUGUUGGGACUACAUAUGCGUAUAUUCUGAGGUUUAAUUGGAUGCUGGAUUUUUGCAUGACCAUAUAAUUAAUAAAACUAUGAAUUGAAAUCUAUCAAGUGUUUUUUUGAAUGUUGUUAAACCAUCAUGGAUUUGUUGUUAUUGAAGCAUUUGGAAGUGUUUAAUAAAACAUUCCAACAUCA